UUGCGUUUUCCUGUGUCCGUGUCGUGUCCCGUGUCUGUGCAUCAUAGCUUAGCUUGAAUAGGAAAAAUGGCCAGCAAAGACUUCUGUACUCGUGGGCCAACAAUGAAAAUCCUCGACUAGGAAUGUUCUCCAGAGGUAUAGAUCCUGAAGGCUGUCCAUAGAUUUUCAUUUGGAAGCAAAAUCAUCCCUUUUGGAAAAGUACUAUAUACGACUAUAGUUUGGUUUAUAUAGAUCACAUAUAUCAAGGGUUUGGCUCCUUUUUAACUUUCAUCAAAGAAAGUGAUGAAAUUUAUCUCACUUGCAGUGUCUCAGAAACUUGCUUAAAGUAAGAGUCACUUUAACUCCUACUGGGCAAGCUCAGCAGCUAUUUUGGGCACAAACUAGCAAUUCAUGGGUAGUUGUAUGGCAGGCUCCAGUAGUUGAAUGUGAUCUUUAUGGGUAUUGUGGUCCAUUUAGUAGCUGUGAGCAAAAUGGAUCACAUCCAUUUUGCAGUUGUUUGGAGGGUUUUGUGCCCAAAGAUCAGAAAGAAUGGAAUCUUGGAAAUCAGACAGGAGGCUGUUCUAGGAAGAUGGAAUUGACAUGUGAUAAGGGAGAUUGAUUUUUUAAGUUUGAAAGAACUAGAUAAUCUGAUUAUUCAGUGUCUCUGGGAAAUAUGACUGUUAGUCAAUGUGAAUCCAAAUGUCCUGACAACUGCUCUUGCACAGCUUAUGCUUAUGCUAAUCUGACUAUAGAAACUACAGUGCACUGUAUGAAUUGGUUUGGGGCUUUGGUGGAUCUAAAUCAUAAUGCCUUCAUUGGCAAAGAUCUUUAUGUUCGCCUUCAUAGCUCUGACCAAGUUAGUAAUGCUAAAACUGGUAACUUGACCACUAAAAGAAGAAUUCUGACUGCAAUUGCAGCAGCUGCUAUCUCUACAAGAUUGCUAUUUAUUAGUAUCAUCGGCUAUGUCUUAAGGAGGGGAAGGUUGAGAAAUCCAGGUACAAUCUCUCCCUCUCUCUCUUGAGUGUUGUACACAUUUAGUCCUACACACUUGCAAACACAAAUAGAAGUUACCAGUACACUUCUAGUUUCCCAUGCAUGAUUUUGUCCACUAAUUACUCCAAAUACAGAGAGAAUAGAACCAAGUGUGAAAAAUAUUGACACAAACUCUAGUGCGUCUGUUAUUGGGCCAAAUGAUGGGGAAUUGUUAUCAUUCAGUUUACAAAAUAUAUUAGCUGCCACAGACAACUUUUCUGAAGCAAAAAAACUAGGAGAUGGUGGGUUUGGACCUAUUUGUAAGGUAACUAUUCCAAAACUGUGAUAUUUUUUCAUUUAUUUUUUACUCGUUUUAGUGCAUCUAAGACUCAAAUGACACAUUUCAUAAGAAGUUGGAAAGGGAAGAAUAAGCUGAAACUUACUGCCAAACUCCAACAUAAAAAUCUUGUCAGACUAUUGGGUUGUUGUUUUGAAAUGGAGGAAAAGAUACUAAUCUAUGAGUUUAUGUGCUAUGGAAGCCUAGACAAAUUCCUAUUUUGUACGCCUUAAGAUCCUUUUCAAUUUACUUCGGAUAAAACAUAUUUCCUUUAAGAUAUACAUGGGUUAUGUUUUUAGCACACAAAACUGGGUUAUGUUUAUUUAAGAUAUACAUGGGUUAUUGUUGAUGAUUAUUUAAGAUAUACAUGGGUUAUGUUUUUAGCACACAAAGAUGAAACCUUUUCUUCUUUCACAAAACUCUGUCGUAGAAUUCAAAAUGAA